CAGAGGAAGCGCUAGCAGCGUUAGCUCUGUGGAUGUGUGAUGUUAGCUUGAAGACGGUGGUGUGGUCGUAUCUCAGCUAAAUAUUCCAGCUGUAACGAAGCAGCGAUGUCUUCUCUUCAGUAUCUGAGAGAGUUCGUCAACGAGCGACUAACUGCUGCUGCUGAAGAAAUAUUCGGAGUCUUUGAAAAAACCGUCGUCCAGUACGAGGAAGAGGUCGGUCGUCAGCGCAGACUGCUGGAUAUCGUUUGGAAACCUGGAAUAAAGUUACACAGGACAGAGCUCCCACAGCAACAUGUCUGUCAGGAGGAGGAGGUUCUCAGUGACCAGCAGCUCUGGAACCAGGAGACGAACUCCAGUCUGGACCAGGACGACCCAGAACCACCAAAGGUUAAAGAGGAACAGGAGGAAAUCUGCAGCAGUCAGGAGGGAGAGCAGCUUGUACUGAAGCUGGAGACUGAUACCUUUAUGUUGACUCCUGAUCAUGAGGAAAGUGACCAUAGUGAACCAGAACCAGACAGUGACCACCAGCUCCUCUCUCACACCUCUCCUGUAGCUGAGAGCCAAGAUCAGACAGGAAGUCAACAUGUGGACUCAAGAUUAACUAGAGAUGCAGAGUCAAAGCCACAGGAGAGACAUCAAAAAAACAGGAGAAACAAUGAGUACAACUCUCCUAUGUCAAAGACUGACUCUAAAACUCACACAUGUGAAAAGUCUUUCAAAUGUGACACUUGUGGAAAAGCUUUUCAGUAUAAAUCCAGAUUGAAUAAACAUAUGAAAAUCCACACAGUUGAGAAACUGUAUUUGUGCAAAACAUGUGGGAAGAGUCUCUGCAGUAGAGCAGGCUUUUUGAACCACACAAGAACUCACACGGAUGAGAUUCCCUACCCCUGCAGCACCUGUGGAAAAAGAUUUAUUGCUAUGUCAACAUUGAAAAGGCAUAUGACAACUCACACAGGUGAGAGGCCAUAUUCUUGCAAAAUAUGUGGUAAAAGUUUUGUACGUAGUACUGUCUUGAAGGUCCACGUAAGAACUCACACAGGUGAGAAGCCAUUUUGUUGUGAAACCUGUGGGAAAAGAUUUAGUGACAGUUCAUCAUAUAAAAUUCAUAUGAGAAUGCAUACAGGUGAGAAGCCAUAUUCUUGUGAAACAUGUGGGAAAAGUUUUGUAUUUAGUGGUGAUUUGAAAGUCCACAUAAGAAUUCACACAGGUGAGAAACCGUACCCCUGUAACACCUGUGGGAAAAGGUUUCGAGACAAAUCUGCCCUGAAAAAACAUAUGACAACUCACACAGGUGAGAAGCCAUAUUCUUGCAAAAUAUGUGGGAAAAAUUUUGUACGUAGCAGUGUCUUGAAAGUCCACCUAAGAACUCACACAGGCGAGAAGCCGUAUUCUUGUGAAGCAUGUGGGAAAAGUUUUGUAUGUAGUAGUAUUUUGAAAGUCCACAUAAGAACUCACACAGGUGAGAAGCCAUACACCUGCAGCACCUGUGGAAAAAGAUUUUGUCAGUCAUCAGACUUGAAAAAGCAUACAAGACUUCAUACAGUUUAAAAGUUUUAUAUUUACAAAACACAGUGAAAAGCUUUGUUAGUUGUUAAAAGUGAUAUAUGUAUAUAUGUAUGUAUAUUUUUGUCAGAGAAUUUUAUACAGGUGAAACCAUACAGAUGAAACUUUAGCAUUGAAAAGUUCAGCAACUGAAUGAACCACACUUAUUGUAGAAGUUACAUCUCUGUAAUUGAAUGUUUACAAUUUCCAAUUAAGAAGAGGUGACAGAAUCUUACUUUAAUAUAGAACAUUGCCAACAGUGGCACCAUGUUUUGUUCAACUACCUUCAUUUUUUCCCCUUUAUAUGACUAUUAUUAAUGUUUUCGUUUACAUGAGUAUUUCCUCCAAACUUGUAGUCUCCCAAAUCUUGGAAAAUAAAUUGUGAGUGCAUUUUUCCUACAAAUGUAAAUGAUUGACUUUUUAAAGGAUUUUAUUUAUUUAUAUUCUUUAUUUCACUAUUUUAUAAAUUACCUCCAUUAUAUGAGUGUUUGGUCAGCUCUCUGAUGUUGAAACUGAGAGAUUCUCUACUGCUGUUGGGUCACUUUAUGUUAUCAUCCUGCCUAUUUUUGGUCUAGGAACAUGUCCUUUAGAUUUAUAUUUUUCUUCAAUUUUGAUUUCAUCAACUUUAUACAUUUUAAUA